AUGAGCAUGUACGGGCGAGCCCCAAGCCAACCUCCCAGAGCGGAUCCUCGCUACCUUCAAGAGAUCUUCAACAAUGUUGACAAGAACAGGAGCGGGAGAAUCAACGCGAGAGAGUUGCAGAGUGCUCUGUCCAAUGGCACCUGGAAGCCCUUUGACGCAAACACGGUUCAGCUGAUGAUGAACAUCUUCGAUCGAGACCGCAGCGGUAGAAUUGACUUCCAAGAGUUCACGUCUCUGUGGAAUUACAUCAACGACUGGAUCAAGUGCUUCGAAAGUUUCGACAAGGACCGCUCCGGUUCGAUUGACAAGCGUGAACUGCGGGACGCCCUGACCAGCUUUGGCUACCGCUUGAGUGAACAGACACUGGACUUCUUGCUGACGAAGUACGACAAGGAUCGAAAGGGUUCUAUUAACUUCGACGACUACGUUCUGUGCUGCGUCAACCUGCAGACCCUGACAGCGGCCUUCCGUAGCUACGAUACUAACAAAAAAGGCGUCAUCACUCUUAGCUAUGAAGAUUUUCUGAAGCUUGGACUGAGCCUGAAUCCGUGA